CAUGCGUGGUGGUGCGGCAGAGAAGCGCCGAUGCUGCCUGAGGCCCACGAGCCGGUUUCGAGCGGCGCUGGUAUUCGAAUGAGGCUCAGCCGAGCUCGAAAUGGCCGUCCGGGCGGGUUGAGAAAGUCUAUUCGGAGACGCGACAAAAGAAAAUGCCAAGACCCGCUGAGGUCUGGCGCUCACUUCAUCGUGGCGCAUUCAACUGUCCAUCCUUGA